ACGCACGAGUACGUUAGUAAGUUGCGGCCGAUACCUGUGCUUGGAGCAACGCUAUGGAUAUACUACAAACAGCCGACGAUAAAAAGAAACAACAGUGCAGAAACUCCUCGGCAGCCGGAGGAUGCAGCGACGGCUCGGUCUGCUGUAGCCGCACUGAGCCGUCUCCCGCGCGUUUCCCUCCUAAAGUUUGUCUCUCUGCGUGGCGGAGGACGGCAGCUGGAGUCGGCUCGGCUUCAGGCGAAGUCACGAAAGAAAGAAAGAAAUCAAACAUGUCGGAAAAGAUCCAUAGACACAUCGUCCCUUCAGCAUCAGCCACUGCCCUGCUGUUGAUCUGCGUGCUCGGUGCGAGCGGAGCCGGAUAAAUACUUCUCCCGAGCCGCCGUUCAAGUCCGCAGGAGGCGAGAGUUCGAUACUCAGACGUGGGAAACCUUUUGAGGAACAGCGGUAGGCGACCUGCCAGGUGGGCCCGAGUCUGACUUCGAUUCAUCUUGAAAGAAAACAGAGGGUUACUUAAAGCUACAGUGUAAUAUUUCAAAUUUAUUCACAGAAAUUGAAUAUAUUGUCCAUAACUACGUGUUCAUAUCUGCAUAAAUCGCCUGCAACAAAGAGCCGAUGUUUUUUUUUCCUCAACUCUGAAUGAGUUUAAUACAGUGACGUGAGGUGGACCCGACCUCCGCGUGAGUCGCCAUGUUUGCUACGUCGUGUUGAAUGCGGUUGUGGAAACGAAGCGGUCCGCAACACGUCGCGUUCAGGUGGAAUUUUCAGCGCUACCGGGAAAUGGAAUCAGCGGUGCGCCACCAUGAAGUGUCCCCUGUCGAUGGGGGACUUUGCCACCAGAUGCCGCCAGAAAACUGAUUCCUGGCCUCCGGUGUUGUCCCGUGAAAAACUGCCACUUCCCUUCACUGGUGAAGACCGUGACGAAAGCGGACGAAAGCCAUGAUAGAAACCUAGGACGUCCAGGGGGCAAACGGAACAGAACAGAACCGGAGCCCGGCCUCUCGGCGUGUUAUUGGAGAAAAUGACUCUUGGCACCGGCGGGCCCCCUCUCUCUCCUCCCGCGCCAGUGUAAUGGAAAGCGCGCCGCCUCGGUCGCCGCCGGUAGCGUCUUGAAAUGCAUCAGCGGAAAUCCAUCUGCAACUCCCAUGGCUGAUUGUGUGAAGCGGCGGCGGUGGCGGCGGCGGCAGCAGCGGCCGGAGUUUGCCAGCGGACGCGCUCAAGAGCCGGGUGCCCUGCCAUGCCCAGCGCCAUGCUAAGGCAACACACCCGUAAUAACAAGGAGCACUCAGUUCAACCGGUGGGGAAGCUGUGGAAAAAGUUGGUGGAAAAUCUAUGGUCGUCGUGAGGCCUCGAGUUUUGAUUUCCCCCUUUUUUUUCCUUUUUCUUUUUUUCCUUUUUAAUUUUGACCUAGAUAUUCUGUGAGGCGACCGCAGCGCUGCCAUCUGCAGCGUUUUUUCUCUCUGCUCCUCUGUUCUCCUCAAGCUGCAGCCACUUCUCACAACAUCAACAACGAGGACAGUUAAAGUGUGCGUCCUGCCCCCCCCCCCCCCCCCAGACAGGUACGUUCUGUUUUUUUCUCAAGCCGACAGAAUGGAUUUCCGAAUUUACAGCUGGCCCUCGUUGGAGUUGAAAAUGUGAGGGGGUGGAGGCAGAAUGCAGGGACCCCUGUGAAGUGGGAGGAAUAGAUCCCCGAAAGAAAAUGGCCCAAACCAGUUUGCUGCAGGGGAAGCGCUUCUACUGCCGGGAGUGGGUCUUCCACAAGAUCCAGCAUUGCCUCCAGGAGAAGACCAGCAACCUCGGUGGGGUGACCGGCGCUCCCGGCAAGCAGCAGCAGCAGCAGCAGUCGCAGUCGGCGGCGCCCGGCGGGGGCGUGUCCGCGGCCGGGAGCCUCGCGGCGGGUACUGCCAAGUCGGGCGGCUCCUCCUGGGGGGUGUUGCUGGUGGGCGGGCCGGGCAGUGGGAAGACGGCGCUGUGCACGGAGCUGCUGUGGCCCACGUCGGCGCACGGCAGCCACCGGGCGCUGCAGCAGCAGGGCCUGGCGUUCCACUUCUGCCGGGCGGACGACGCGGACACGCUGUGCGCCGGCGGCUUCGUCCGCGGCCUGGUGGCCCAGCUGUGCCGCAGCGGGCUGCUGCCGGGCUACGAGGAGAAGGUGCGCGACCCGGCGGUGCAGAUCACCCUGCAGCCCGGCGAGUGCGAGAGGAACCCCACGGAGGCCUUCAAGAGGUGCGUCCUCCUGCCUCUGCUGGGCGUGAAGCCGCCGCAGCAGUCGCUCUUCCUGCUCGUGGACUCCAUCGACGAGGGCUGCCAGCUGGGCGAGGGCGAGCAGAGGUCCCCCCCCGGCGCGCCCAGGACCAUCGCCGAGCUCCUGGCCAGCCACCACGAGUUCCUGCCGCCCUGGCUGCUCCUCGUCUGCUCCGCGCGGCGGCAGAACAAGGCCAUCACCAAACUCUUCACAGGUUUCCGCAAAAUCAGCCUUGACGAUCUGCGCAAGGCCUACAUCGUCAAGGAUGUGCAGCAGUACAUCCUCCACAGGUUGGACCAGGAGGAGGCCCUGAGGCAGCACCUCACCAAGGAGACGGCUGAGAUGCUCAACCAACUUCACAUCAAAAGCAGCGGCUGCUUCCUCUACCUGGAGCGUGUGCUGGAUGGCGUGGUGGAGAGCUUCAUCAUGCUGCGGGAGAUACGUGACAUCCCUGGAACUCUCAACGGCCUCUAUCUGUGGCUCUGCCAGAGACUAUUUGUGAGGAAACAGUUUGCCAAGGUCCAACCCAUCCUUAACGUAAUCCUGGCAACAUGCAGGCCACUCACAGUCAAAGAACUGUACCAUGCAGUCUGGACCAAAAAUAUGACACUGACUAUGGAAGAGUUUCAGAAAAAAAUGGACAUUCUCUCCAAGUUGUUGGUCGACGGUCUUGGGGGGACUAAAAUCCUUUUUCACUACAGUUUUGCAGAGUGGCUACUGGAUGUGAAGCAUUGCACCCAGAAAUACUUGUGUAAUGCGGCAGAGGGACAUAGGAUGUUGGCGAUGAGCUACACCUGCCGGGCAAAGCAGCUGAAACCACUCGAAGUGCAGGAAUUUGCACUACACCUCGUCAAUUCCAAUCUGCAGAUUGAGCCAUUUAAUCUGGCUCUUUGGAUGGUCUGGAAUGGAACUCCUGCUAAUGACUCCCUGACAACCUCCAUACCAAGAGAACAGGAAGUUCUGCAACUUCUGGUCAAAGCCGGAGCUCAUGUUAACAACGAGGAUGACCAUGCCUCUUGUAUUGUACAACAGGCCCUGGAAAGAGAGGACUCAAUAAGGACAUUACUUGACAACGGGGCGUCCGUGAACCAGUGUGACUCCAGUGGAAGAACUCUACUGGCCAACGCUGCAUACAGUGGAAACCUCGAUGUGGUCAACUUGCUCAUAUCUAGAGGGGCAAACAUGGAGCUGGAAGACAACCACGGACAAACGGCACUUACUCUCGCCGCAAGGCAGGGCCAUACUAAAGUGGUUAACUGCCUAAUUGGCUGUGAGGCCAACAUCAACCACACAGAUCAUGAUGGAUGGACGGCCCUCCGCUCGGCAGCUUGGGGUGGACAUUCAGAAGUUGUGUCUGCUCUGCUCUACGCCGGUGCCAAAGUGGACUGCGCUGAUGCAGAUGGUAGAACUGCUCUGAGAGCGGCAGCCUGGGGAGGUCACGAAGAUAUAGUGUUGAACCUUCUUCAGCAUGGGGCUGAGGUCAACAAAGCAGACAAUGAAGGAAGAACGGCUCUUAUUGCUGCGGCGUACAUGGGGCACCGAGAGAUUGUUGAGCACCUCCUAGAACACGGGGCGGAGGUUAAUCAUGAAGAUGUGGAUGGGAGGACUGCCCUGUCCGUCGCCGCCCUUUGCGUUCCUGCAAGUAAAGGCCACGCUUCUGUCGUGAGCCUUCUGAUCGACAGGGGAGCAGAGGUCGACCACUGUGACAAAGACUGCAUGACUCCUCUCCUUGUGGCUGGCUAUGAAGGACACGUUGAUGUAGUUGACCUGCUUUUGGAAGGUGGAGCCGAUGUGGAUCAUACAGACAACAAUGGUCGCACACCUCUUCUUGCAGCCGCAUCGAUGGGCCACGCCUCGGUUGUCAACACCUUACUCUUCUGGGGUGCUGCUGUCGAUAGCAUCGACAGCGAGGGAAGGACUGUGCUGAGCAUUGCAUCUGCUCAGGGUAACGUGGAAGUGGUCAGAACUCUGCUGGACAGAGGUCUGGAUGAGAAUCACCGGGACGAUGCAGGCUGGACCCCGCUACACAUGGCUUCGUUUGAGGGCCACCGGCAAGUGUGCGACGCCCUUAUUGAGCAAGGUGCUCGUUGUAUUGAGGUAGAUAAUGACGGUAGAAUACCGCUGAUAUUAGCUGCACAAGAGGGACAUUAUGACUGUGUGCAAAUUCUUCUGGAAAACAAGUCGUGCAUUGACCAGAGAGGGUAUGACGGGAGGAAUGCUCUCAGGGUGGCUGCACUGGAAGGCCACAGGGACAUUGUCGAACUGCUGCUGAGCCACGGUGCUGAUAUAGAUCACAAAGACGCAGAUGGACGCCCGACACUCUACAUAUUGGCACUUGAAAAUCAGCUAGCCAUGGCAGAGUAUUUCCUUGAAAACGGAGCAAACGUGGAAGCCAGCGACACUGAAGGCAGAACGGCCCUCCACGUUUCCUGCUGGCAAGGGCAUGUUGAAAUGGUGAGGCUGCUGAUUAACUAUCAUGCGGACGUCAACGCCUGUGACAACGAGAAGCGGUCUGCCCUCCAGUCCGCUGCGUGGCAAGGCCACACAAAAGUCGUGCAGUUUCUGAUAGAGAACUGCACACAUGUGGAUCACACUUGCAACCAGGGAGCGACAGCACUAGGCAUAGCUGCACAGGAGGGUCACAUCGAUGUCGUGCAAAUACUUCUUGAAAACGGUGCCGACCCCAACCACGCUGACCAGUUUGGACGCACAGCAAUGAGAGUGGCAGCAAAAGGUGGCCAUUCGAUGAUCGUAAAACUUCUAGAAAAGUAUGGGGCCACAACUCAAAAUGGCUGCAAUCCAUCCCCAGUACACACCCUGGAGGAAAAAACACCAUUGGCGGUGACUGGUAAAAUGCACUCCCUCACCAUUAAAUCAAGUAGUUCUGGCAGCACUGGGGCAGGAGAUAUGCAGUCGUCCGGACGCUGUAUACCCAACGGACCUGUACAUGCUUUCAGUUCACCGUCAGAAUCUCCUGAUUCCACUGUAGAUAGACAGAAAUCCUCCUUGUCCAAUAAUUCCCUCAAGAGUUCGAAGAACUCCUCCUUGAGAACCACAUCCUCCACGGCCACGGCGCAGACUGUGCCGAUAGACAGUUUUCACGGACUGACGUUCACAGAACAAAUCCAACAGCACUCGCUGCCGCGUAGCCGGAGCAGGCAGUCCAUCGUUUCCCCUUCCUCCACGACCAAGUCCAUUGGUCAGCAGCCAUCUUCUCCAUCAAGUGACUUUGACUGGUCUCAGUUGAAAUCUGGUCUCAAGUCAACAAAGGGAAGUAAGACCGGAAAUGGGACAUCGAACGGUAAAGGCGGGGACAAGAAAAAGAGCAAGAACAGCGGAUCAACACAAGGCCAGGUUUUGGAGUACGAGAUGACACAGUUCGACAAGAGGAUCGCUCUCAACAAAUCAGUGGCGAACAUUUCGGUGAAGGAUCCCCAUUGUAAGAUCGUGAUCGGUGGUUCGAUUCAGCAGGAGAGGGGACAGAGCCAGGAUCAAUUCUUCAUCCAGCAGCAGAGCUGCGCCGAGAAGAAGCGAAACGGCAUCAUGACCAACCCCAACUAUCAUCUACAGGGUAAUCAGGUUUUCCUGGGUAGGGUGUCGGUUCCUCGGGCUGUGCAGAACAGGGGCCACCAGGACGUUCUAGAGAACUAUCCCAUAGGGGAAACCGAGCUAAGCCUUAAACAAGCCCUGAAACUGCAGAUUGAAGGAUCCGACCCCGGGUUUAACUACAAAAAGGAGACUCCAUUAUAGCUGGUAAGAGACAAUUUUCAAAAUGACCCUCCAAAAUUUACGCUCCUUGAAUUACGUCAAGCAUUUGUCUCAAAAGUUGAAAUGAAGGUCAGGGUGACAAGCUCACAGGUGUUUUCUUGAUUUACAGUGGCUAAUUUAGAGACUAAUAACAGACUUUAAGUUGUUACUGGAUUGCACUCAGAGCCAUCAUUAGUUGGAUUUAAUCAGACCUGCACGAAGAAUGCCUCGAUCUGGAUGAGCAGACUUUCCUCCCGAACCAAACAUUAACCCAAGUCGCCCCAAUACCGUUGCAGAUGUCUUGAAUGCCAUUCGUCAUGCAGACCAUUGGAGGGAUUGUGCCAAAGCAACUGUUUUCAUCUGCAUAAAAAAAACGUUGUUGUGGGCUUUUUGUUCAAUCAUCAGUGGGGAAACCUAAAAACAAUACCUAGGGAAGAGGGUUGAUUGGUUGAUUGAUCUAUGGCUCUCUGUGAAAUGAUAUUCAAUGUGCCUACAUCUGUUACAACCUUCUUCAUUUACUCAUGCAAACUAUCUUUUUUUUUUUUAAUUUAAUGUAAUGCUAUUUAAGAAACAGUGUAUGCACUUUUAAAAAAGACUUUCAACGACAGACAUGCAUUUGUUCCAUUUACUUUGUAUCCCAUCCAUGUUUUAUCAAAGUAAAUGUUUGAUAGAAAACAUCCAAUGCAUUUUUUUAAUUUUAUAUCAUGUUUGUUCCGUCUGUUAUAUUUUUCUCACACUGACAGCAAUGUAACACUGAGUACAUUGUCACAAACCAGAGGACAUAACGGUAACUGAUGUCACGGUAUGAACGUAAGCGCAUUUAUAGUCUUCUGCCUUCUAGAGACCCUAAAUAAUCUGUGUUAACCUCGAUCAGUGUGCUCAGACCUUCGUUGUGUGUAACGUAUUGAUAGCUAACGGCAGUUUACUUCAUGGGUAUAUACAAGCAUAUUUAUUUUUUUUGGAGAAAAGCCACUUUUGCUGCAUUUUGUUGUCGCAUUAGCUCUACCAUGGUGCUCAGUGUUCAGAAGUUGCCUGCGGUUAUUUUGGACUCCUGCUUUUGUUGGCUUUGUGCAUUUCUGUAUUAUUACAACUGUCUUAAGAGAGAGAUUCAUUGAACAUGUUGGAGGGGAAAAAAAGUUAAUUUUGUCCCUAUGGGAUUUUUUUUUUUAAACUUCUGUGUUUCUGUUUUUUUCGUGUGCAUACAAAAUAUUUAAAUAACCCAUUGUGUACCGUUGACAAAGGUUUGGUGCUACACGCAGCAAUUUCCAGUGACAGCAGUGAUUUGAGAAAAAGAAAAUGGGAAAAAAAGCAUUUGUCUGCGUUUGUCCCCGAGUAACAUGUAUAACCCCUCUGCAACGCAAGAAACAAAAUCCCAGCUUUGUUUUCUUAUCGUCACGUGGCUCAUUUUCAGUGAUUCCUUGUGGAUGUUUCAGGCGCAUGACACAUUGAAAAAAACGGCUCAGAAAAGGGGGGUUCAGCCAUCAUCUCGCGGCUGUCAGUGUUUGAAAUGCAAAAAUUGUUAAAGCCAAAGUUUGAAACAGCGGUAAUCGGUGUCCCGCCUCCUCCUCCCCGCGAGGAGCUGAAAAUCAGCUCAACGGGACUUAACCCCCCGCGGGAGAAGGAAGGGGGGGAGGAGGUGCUCGACUGUGGCACCGAGGGAACCGAACAACAUCUGUUUCACAUGAACUAUAGGGAGCUGCGUUAGCGUUUACAGGCUGUGUCAUAUUUUUGCAGGCUUUUCAUACCGUUAACAGUGAGCUAUUUUUUGCAGAGGACCCGGGGGGGGGGGGGGGGGGGAGUAGGAAACCUAUCGCAUGCACAAACACUUAUAAGCCCCUAGUAAAAGCUCUCAGCUCUUCGGUACCACCAGUAGCUCACACGUUUGCCAUGAAGGGGUCAAUAGAAGGAUUCAAGGCAGGAAUCGAGUCUGGAGAACAGUGUUGGACAAACAAACUGUAUUGUCUUGUUGAGCAGUUAUCUCGUCUGUCUUGACCAUGUGUUGUCCGUCAUCUUUGAUUUUGACUGUCAGUGGUUGGAUUGUAAAUAGCUUUCCCGAUGUACAAUCGACUUUCAGUUAAAAAAAGGAAUUCCUGUAUUAUAUGAAGUGGAAUUUUUCUGAUGUAUAUUAAAAGUGCUUAAUAAACAUAUUUGCUUUACUGCUGAAAAAGA